CAUCAUUUCCAUGUACGGCGGGAGGAUGAAAAGCAGCCGCGCGGACGAAAUCAUUUUCAUUCUGUCUCGCGUUGCCCAAUAUGUGGUUAGUUAUGCUUAUUCAAGAUAUGUAAAUGCUGGGCCAGGAAUAAAAGGAAAGGCUGGAACACGGCGGGGCGCGCUCAGGACGCUCCGUCGCCAGCGAGCGCGCGGACUCCACUCCGGGUUUUGCGGCUCCGACCAUCGCAGCGUACACCUUCCCCGAUUCACAACACGCCAGCAGUGCUGCGCAAGCAGAUGUUCCUCCUCUGAUGCCAAUUAUUGCAGUUUUCGCAAUCGGAGAAAGGUAUUCUUCCUCGCGACGGCGGCAAAGUGACAGGAAGCGAGAGAAACUGCCUCCAUCCUCGGCUCGGGGAGAGAAAGAGAGAGAGAGAGAGAGAGAGGAGGAGAGUUGGGAGCGGAAAGCGGCUUUGGGAGAAAUAACAGUACAGUAAAACCUGCGGCGCGAGCGAGGCGGCAGUUUAUUUACCACACCUGUGAUGCGUUGUUCUGAGCAACGGAGACGCACGAGCGGGAUACCGAUGGCCACGGCGCGGCACGAGGAUAUGUGUUGAAGACUUGGGCGUUGUGAAAAAGAGACAGACAGGCGUUAACUGCUACUCCCCGGACCUUUCUUCGAAAAGCUCAGCGGUCCCCCUCCGCUCCCCGUUCCUGUUUUUUUUUAAAUUCUUUGAAACUUGGGCUUAAACGACACGAAGAUGCCCUCACUUCUGGGCCCCUUUGUCCGCGCCGCGCUCCUCGUGCUGUGGCUCGUCUUCGCCGGCUUCACCUGCACUGGUUCCGAGCACACUGCCACGGCGACGCUCCCCGCCGCCUUCUCGGACCUGUUACCUCACUUCCAGGUGGAGCCGGAGGACGAGUACAUCGUGAAGAACAAGCCGGUGACGCUGACCUGCCGCUCCUCGCCGGCCACGCAGAUCUACUUCAAGUGCAACAGCGAGUGGGUUCACCAGGACGACCACCUGAUCGAGCGGACUGUGGACCCGGCCACAGCUCAGCCUGUCAUGCAGGUGACAAUUGAAAUAACGCGGCAGCAGGUGGAGAAGAUCUUCGGCCUCGACGAGUACUGGUGCCAGUGUGUGGCCUGGAGCACCACCGGGACCCAGAAGAGCCAGAAAGCAUACAUUAGGAUCGCCUACCUGAGGAAGAACUUUGAGGAGGAGCCGCAGGGUAAAGAAGCAGCAUUGGACCAGGAGGUGUUACUGCGAUGCCAUCCCCCCGAGGGAGUGCCACAAGCUGAGGUGGAGUGGCAAAGAAACGAGGAUGUGAUCGACCCAGCGAGCGACCCCAAUUUUUUCAUCACUGCUGACCAUAAUCUUGUCAUCAAAAAAGCCCGGCUGGCAGACACAGGCAACUACACAUGUGUGGCCAAAAACAUUGUUGCUCGCCGCAAAAGCGCCUCUGCCACCGUCCUGGUCUACGUCAACGGCGGCUGGUCCACGUGGACCACCUGGUCGUCCUGCAGUGCUGUGUGUGGGCGUGGCUGGCAGAAGAGGAGUCGGAGCUGCACCAACCCCACGCCACUGAAUGGAGGCACGUCCUGUGAGGGGCAAAACGUCCAGAAAAGUGCCUGCAUGGCCACCUGUCCAGUAGAUGGAGGUUGGAGCGAGUGGAGCAAGUGGUCGACGUGCGGCGCGGACUGUUCGAUGUGGAGGACCAGGGAGUGCACCCAGCCCUCACCUGGCACCGGGGGCAAGGACUGCCAGGGCCUCGAUCUCCAGUCCCUCAACUGCACCAGCGAGCAGUGCCCGCAGACUGUGAGCGGGGCAGAGGACGUGGCGCUCUACGUGGGCAUGGUGGCGGUGGCCCUGUGCCUCACCCUGCUGCUCAUCGUCGUGGUCCUCGUCUACCGGCGCAAGAAGGAGGGCCUGGAUGCCGACGUCGCCGACUCCUCCAUCCUCACCACUGGCUUCCAGCCCAUGGGCAUCAAGCCCAGUAAGCCAGGUGUGUGGGCACCGCGGCCACGCAGGCCCCCCCCCCACAGCAAGAACUCGCAUUUGCUCACCAUUCAGCCCGACCUCACCACCACCACCACCAGUUACCAAGGCACCCUGCGCUCCCGCCACGACACCGCCGGCAAGUUUUCCAUGACCAACGGGCCGCUGCUGGACCCGCUCCCCAACGGCUCGCACACGCUGCACAACGGCAAGCUGAACGCAGACCCCGCGGAGUUUGUGAGCAGGCUCUCCACUCAGACCUACUUUAAAACACUGCCCCGCGAUGUGGCUAACACUUCCUACGGGACCUUCAAUUUCCUGGGGGGGAGGCUGACAAUACCGAACACAGGAAUCAGCCUGCUCAUUCCUCCCGAGGCCAUCCCCAGAGGAAAGAUCUAUGAGAUUUAUCUCACUGUUCAGAGGAAGGAGGAUUUAAGGUUACCCCUGGCCGGUUGCCAGACCCUGCUUAGCUCCGUAGUGAGUUGUGGUCCUCCGGGGGUGGUCCUGAGCCGCCCAGUUAUCCUCAGCAUGGACCACUGCUCCGACGCAUGCCUUGAUAACUGGGCCAUCCGCCUCAAGAAGCAGAACUACGAGGGCGCCUGGGAGGACGUCCUGCUGAUGGGAGAGGAAUUAGUGUCGGAGCCCUAUUACUGCCAGCUCGAGGCCGAGACGUGCCGGCUGUUAUCGGAGCAGCUGGGCACCUUCGCCCUGGUGGGUGAGUCCCUGCACAUGGGCGCUGCCAAGCGCCUGAGGCUGGUGCUCUUCUCCGACGCCUACUGCUCCACGCUUGAAUACAACAUCAGGGUGUACUGCAUGGACGACACGCAAGACGUCUUCAAGGAAGUGAUGCAGAUGGAACGGCAGCUCGGGGGUCGGCUGAUUGACGAACCUCACGUCCUGCUUUUCAAAGACAGCUACCACAACCUGCGCCUGUCCAUCCAUGACAUGCCCCAGGCUCACUGGAGGAGCAAGCUGCUAGCUGGCUACCAGGAGAUCCCGUUCUACCACAUCUGGAACGGCUCCCAGCGGUACCUGCACUGCACGUUCACUCUGGAGCGGCUCAGCCUCGGCACCUGCGAGCUCACCUGCCAGCUGUGCGUGUGGCAAGUGGAGGGGGAGGGGCAGAGCUUCAGCCUCGACUUCAACAUCGCCAAGGACACGCGAGCUGUGGACUCGGAGUUCCUGCUAAUGGACAGUAACGCCACGGCUCUGGCGGGCCCCAGCGCCUUUCAGAUCCCGUACCUCAUCAGGCAGAAGAUCUGCAGCAGCCUGGACGCCCCCUGUCCUAACGGGGCCGACUGGAGAAUGCUAGCACAAAGACUUAAGCUCGAGAGACACAUGAGUUUCUUUGCAUCCAAAGCGAGCCCGACCUCUGUGAUCCUGGACCUGUGGGAGGCGCAGCACUUCCACAGCGGCAACAUCAACCAGCUGGCCACGGUCAUGGCCGACAUCGGCAAACAGGAAGCCAUGAUAUUCCUCGUGUCGGACGGCGAGUGCUAGCCCGGAGGACGGGAAGAGACUGGUGCGGAGGAAGUGCACAACGCGGAAUGAAGGAGUAAAGCUGCGGCAGGAAUCAAAGAGCAGAGCUGUCCCAACGUCCCUCUUCUUCACCGUAGAAGAUCGCACAGGAUUUCCGUAGGACCGAAUCCCGAUUUCUUAUAGAACGGAGCGAAACACCUCUGAGUGACAGACCAAAGGGAAGGUUAGAGUUUGGCUGUGGGUGAUGAUGCCCUUUAUUUUAAAGUCCACUCAGUCCAUGUUACAGUAGCACGUUGCUCCCAACAAGAGGUUUGCUACACGCCUCGUACUGCUGCAAUUGGCAAACUCGACAAGUCUCUGACCCUGGACCUGUAAAGGCUUGUGAGCGGAGGCGCCGGCCCUUUCAGGUCAGCGAACGGGCGACAUAUGCAAUUGGCAGGUUGGUUUAGGUGUCAUCUCACACACAGAAAACGUCUUCAGCAACGAUCAUCAGGGUCCGUGAGCGUCGACCCCCCCCCCCCCGAUUCCAGCGUCGUCUGUCCGAGCACAGUCCCACACAUACAGGCGGCUUGUAGCACAUCCUGGACUGGCAGUUUUUAAACCGAUUGUAUGUCAGAGCCCCCAAAUCUGUCUCCCCCUUGUUAUUUAUUUAGGGUUUUUUUUCACUCCAGCGGUUAUCAUCGCUACUGUGAAUGUAACAUCUUGAUUCUGCGAGACGCUUCACAGCAUCUAAAUCAAUAUGUGAGGUUUGGGCUUUUUGAACUCUCUUAAAAGGGAGGAGUGAGUAAUAUCCUCACUGGAGUCACAUUUCAGAGGCCCGUGCUAUUUAAAGCCUGUGAUCUUAAUCGGAGGACCUUAUUUCGUGUCUCCUAUUACCCCCUCUGUUCACAGUGGCAUUUUUCUGUUUCAAAUUCCACAGCUAAUGAAGGAGCCAUAGGGCCGAAAGGCGUCGCCGCUGCAUAUAUGAGAACACUGAAUGUCGUCAGAACUCAUUUGUAAAAUGACAUUUCACUUGAUUAUGUUAAUUCUGUAGAGUACAGCGUUGCCAAAAGGGUUAUUAUCCUACGCUAGCGCCGAGCAGCUCUCCCUCCGACGCGUCCAGCACCUGAUUCCUCAUCGUUUUUUACAGAUGAGUCAUGUUAAAAAGGUAAAAGUGCAGCUUAGAUUUCAAAGCAAUGUUGGGGUUUCUGUAUUUGCUGCCUGUCUGUCAGGCGCAGUGAAGAGUGGCUUAUUCAUAACAUGCCUCUGCUGUCAAAGGGAAGGCUUUUUUUAUUUUUUUUAUUCCAGAAGUGAACAAAUGACGCAGCAGAUCCAUGCUACUAACUCCAGGCUGCAGCCCGCGUUUGCUGAGCGUUUAGGUUUCAUCUAAACGUUGUUUUUAUUUUUUUUACUUUAUUAAUGGAUCUGUCAGGUCAGGUAACGUGAAAUACACCGCAUCGUCAGAGUCUGCUGAUUCAGUAAUUAUACUUUGGAAAAAGGUGUGAGCAAUCCCAAAUUAGCCAUAGUUCUCUCUCCGUCUGCCUCAGGGUUGCAUGUGAAGUUGUCCGUCGCAAAGAGAGCACUUUUCAUUGAGCCCCCGCCCCCCCCGAAGCAGCGAGCACCGCCCCGUCCUCCCAGCUCCUGGGGCUUCAACCUUUAACUCUAACUGGAGCCUCCUUUAUGAUUGUCAGAUAUUUAGAAUGUACACGUGUUUCCUUGUAGUGGGAGAAAAACUGUCUAUUCUUUUUGCAUAUUAGUAACUGCUCGCCUCCUUAAUGUGGCAUCUCCACGUCGUCGAGCUUCUCUUCGUUUCCCUGUCAGACACGUUUUAUAAAUCGCUAGCGUUUGAUAUCCAGAUGCCAUAAGGAAUCAGAGUCUUGUUAUUUUUGAAGCUGAGGGAACGUGAGGGUCGAGCCCCUUUCAGAUGAGACGGUGACGCCACCUUUAAACCGACCUUUUCCAUAUUGAAAUGGACCAUCGCCACAUGUAAAUACCUUUUCUACAGCGGCCGCGUGCUGUCACUUUGCAUACUGUAUAUCAGCAGAAUUGGUAACCAAAGUUUCCCAGUAUGGUUUGAGGCCACGUCGUCCUCACCGUAAGCGUUCAAAGUGUGUCCCAGCGUCCUUUUACUCGCAGCUCAAAUAGUUACCGUUGGUUCAUUACCUUCUCGUUUCUUUGCUUUAGUCUUUGAGACGAGUUAAUGCUGUUUGUUCGAGCGGUAAUGUGUCGGCUUACUUUAUCACUUUGUAAAGAAAUGUAAAUUAUAUUUUAGUAUGAAGCCAAAAAAAAGACACCUAACUGGCGCAGCAUUUGUCAAGUCUAAACCGUGACGUGUUUGCCUAUAUACUGUUGUUUGGCGAUCUAGCAGUGAAGACUUUUUGCAGUGUUAAGGGUUUAGUGACUCUCAGUGGAGGUUUCGCAUUUUGUUCAUCCUGACUCUGCCUACAUCCACCUGGUUUUCUUUACAUUGGAAGCAUUUAAACACAAGGUGGAAGCAGUCACUGCUCUGGGACGGUGCGGAGACUAAUUGCAAAAAGAGGACAUCAGCUCUUGGACACUGACAAGCCAGUGUUGACGCAGCAUGUUUAGAUGAGCCAUGACAGCUGUACAGUCAGACUGUAUGUGAAAUUUUAUCACCCCUGUCAUUGUCUUGGAUGUGUUGUCAGCACAUUUCAGUAAUGUAAUUCACCAGCCGCCAGGAUGUUCAGCAUCUAUCUUCACAUCUAAGGUAACUUGUCCUGCAAAUCUGCAAUUACUGUGUGUGUGUGUGUGUGUGUGUGUGUGUGUGUGUGUGUGUGUGUGUGUGUGUGUGUGUGUGUGUGUGUGUGUGUGUGUGUGUGUGUGUGUGUGUGAUACAGUUUCUGUCAUGACAUCUGGGCCUGUAAGUUCUGUGUAAAAUCGUGUCUGUAACAUAGAUGCAUUGUUCAACGGUUCAUAAUUUCAAGCCCAUGUUAUGGGAGAAAUUUGUCACAGCUGUACUUUGUGUGUCACUCGUUACUAUUCAGUGUCGAGGGUGUGUGUGUAUGGAGCGACAGACUGGGUGUGUGCGCAGCGCCCCGUCAUUCUGACUGAAACGUUUUGUUUCUGAACUAAGAACAAUAGAUUCUGUACUUGUGAAUGGUUUUUCUAUUUAGUUCCUUAAUUCAAUGUUCCUUGCCUUUCUGCAAGUAAAAAAUGCUGUAUUUAUUACAUGCCACAGCGCUUAUGCAAUUGUAUAAUCCUCGUUUUUUUUUUACCUUUUGUGUUCCUUAUCAAUGUAAAUUGUUGUCAAAACUUUUGUGGCAAUGGAAAAACUUCUGCUAAGGGAGAUUUUCUGUACUUUUUGGACAAUGAUAUGGAUUUGUGGGUAGAAUUUUGGAAAUUCGUUUCUAAGUGCUUUCAAGUAUUUACUUGGCCUUAUGUAUAUAUAUCUAUCUAUAACAUUUCAGAAAGGUAUGUAUAGUAAUUCAACCUGAAAUUGUUGUAAAUAAAUUAUAUAUUGUUAAA